AUGGAGUGGUCAACACACUACUCCCCUCUGCAACUGCAACCAAUUGAGAUGUUUCAGAAGACCUCAGACCUGUCAUUCCUGGCUCGGCGGACACUCGCUCCUCGGCCUGUGUCGGAAGCGACCGAGAUCUUCGACACAGACAAUGAGGACGACUCGGACUCAUUACCUCAACCAUGGGACUCACAGGACGAUGAUAGCCAGUCUACACUGUCGUCAAGCCAGGAUGAGCUACUGACGCCCCCUAAUACUGGUGGCCUCGGCGGCUUCGAGUUUCAUUUUGAUGACACGGCGGUCGUUGGUCCUCAAGGCCCUCACCUCUUCAGCAGCACGCCUGAGAUCCUCACCAAUCCUGAAGACGGUGUCUUUCUCAAUAUGUCUCCUGUUCCCGGACCCAAGACCCCCUCCAAGCCUAUCAACGCUCUCAACACAGCCGUCGCCGAACUCGAUGAAUCUCAGGUCCGCAACUGGACGCCCCGCCAAGUUGCUGACUGGAUGGCCGAGGCCGGCUUUGAGUCCACCGUGGUUGAAAAGUUCCUCAUCCACGACAUCUCCGGCAGCGUCUUGAUCGACCUCCAAUUCGAGGAUCUCAAGGAACUCGACAUCAGCUCCUUCGGCAAGCGCCACAGGGUCAUGAGCUCCAUCCAGCAACUCCGAAACAGCAGCAUGAUCUCCGUCGACUCACCACUUUCCAGGACUCCUUCCCGAAACACCAGAAGUCCCAGAGCGGUCCAGCGCGCUGCCCGCCCUGAGGAGUCCCAUGUGGUUGUUGAUCGAUCUCGCUCCCGGAGACGAGCUCGAAACGUCGAUGUCGUCACUCCUGCCGAGUCCAUCUCCAUUGUCGGGAUCGAACAGGUUCUUCCCAAGGAGCACAGGUGCGCCAAAGGUGAGGACUGCCCCAAGUGGCAGAAGCAGCAACGGAGAAUCCUCCGCAUGAAGCAAACGUGGGAAGAAGAGACCCGCCGACCUAUGUCCGAAGCCCGGUCCGAAGCUUUGCCUUCGGUCGUCGGCUCUUCCGAUGCCCUUGGCCCGUCAUCGUUGAAGAUCACUGCCGAGACCCUGAGCGUUGUUCAGCCUCGCGAUCCUCAAGACAAUGUGCGACAGUUCCUCAGCUUCCAACACCUUCACGCCCCUUCAACAUCAUCCAACCCCUCGCCACCCGCUGCCAAGUCCGCUCACCUCGCCGAGCACCUUCGUGGUCUUCCCAAGCUCACCAUCCCUGUUGGCCAAAGCCAGGACGAGCUCCCCUCCAGGACUCCCAUCUCGGCCCUUCAACAGCCCACCCAGAUCCAGGCUCAGCUCAAGGCCCAGCUUCAGCGUGACCCCUACCACUAUGGUGGCGUCGCUUCUCCGGCUGACAUCUACCGCAUCGACACGCCUCUGUCGGCGACGGAUCUUCCCGUCACUGCCAUGGCCGUUGACCCUUGCCAACGGGAUGUCUCCCAGUCCGUUCCUCCGGAGAUGCGCUAUGGUGCUGUUCCCCAGACCAUCAGUCCAGAACCCGUCCAGCGAUGCAUGUCAACUCAGCCUACUCCCGCUCGCCGCCAUCUGCGCCAGCAGUCCUUCACCCCAUCAGUGGCUCCCGUCAGGGAGAACGAGACGGUCUGCUCCGCAGCGAGACUGACUGAAACCACCCUCGCCAACCACCAUGGCUGGAUGAGAAAACGCAAGACCACCCGUAUGCUCCGACACGAGUGGCAGGACAACUACUGCACUCUGUUCGAAGGCAAGCUGACCAUGCAUGACACACACUACGCCAAUGCCAACACCCUCGAGGACAUCGAGAUCGAUGAGUACACCUUGCAUGCCUACAGCCAAGCAUCGAGCUCGAAGCUCAGUGCGGCAUUCAAGAAGAACUUGCUCGGCCAAGGCAAGACUUUCACUGGCGAACAUGCCUUCGCCUUCUCCCUCAUCCCUGACAACGAGAAGGCCAACAAGAAGCUCUUCGAGAAAGGUCAAAAGGCUCAUCACUUUGCCGUCGACAGCUCCAAGGAGCGUGUCGAGUGGAUGAGGAAGCUGAUGCUGGCCAAGGCUAUGAAGAAGAACGAUGCCCUCCAGAUCUGA